AUACAUGUGUUCAUAAAAGCCGUAAACAUCACCUGUUUUUGUACGAUAAAUGAUAAAAAAUAUUCACUUCUAUUUUUGUUGCUAGAUAAACAAAUAUGGCGUCCAACAGGUGCCCCUGCUAAACUUAUUGAAACUUUUUCUGACAGCCAAGACAUUAGAAUAACAAAAUGGGAGCAAAGAAAAAAGGAGGGAAGAAAGGAAAGAAGGGAGGCAAGAAGGGGAAGAAGGGGAAGAAGUCCAAGGAGCCUCAAAUGACAGCCAAAGAAGCCAUCCUGGCAUAUCAGAUAAAUGUAAUUGAAAAGAAGUUGGAGGAUGUGAUGUAUGAGACAAGAGGAUGGGAGGAGAAAAAUAAACGUCAUCAAGAAAGGAAUGACAAGUUGAAAGAAGAACAAGGGUUGUUAAUAAAGCACCUGCUAAAACAAGCGAAGGAUUCAGAGAAAAUGUUUGCCGGUGAGGAGGUGAAACAUAAAGAUGAUGUUAUAUCAGCAAUGCAUGAUAAAUGGAAUAAAGAAAGACAAAGAGGAAAACAAAUUGAAGAAUUGAAAAGAGUGAUUGCAGAGACAGAGAGUGAGAUAGCUAAACAAAGUAAACAGGUAGAAUACUGGACUAGAUAUAAAGAUAGUGGUCAACAUGAUCAUGCUACACUCGUCAGAACACUGGAACAAGAGGUUGAUGAUAUGAACACAAGUUUUAAUGAGAUGAAAGAACCAAGAGCAAUAGCUAUUUAUCACAGCCAUUUGGACAGCAGUCUGGCAAAAACAAAGGAUGAAAUAGAGAAAUACACAAAUGAUAAAGUAGAUCAACAGAAACACAGGGCUUCAGAAAAAGCUAUUAAUCAGAUGGACAAACACAGCAGACAGGAAGUACUAGACAAUGAUUGGUUGAAAAGAGAGGUCCAGAUACACCGAAGGGAAACAGAGGACUUGAUGAAGGAAGUUGAGGAUAUUGAACGUGGUAAUCUAGAAAUCAUGGCAGACUUGUUUGAGUGUAAAAUUGAAGACUUGAAAAUAUCAAGGAACUUUUUCCUGACACAGUUUAGCGAGGGUGAGAAUCUAGAUGAAGAUGGUAUAUUGGAGAUGGACCUAAAACAAUUAUCUAUAGAACAAUCAAGCGGUGACCAGGCAAAAACAGAGAGACCAAUGAGUGCUACACAUCGUGCUGUACAGGACAAGGUGUUCUCUUUAGUGCAAGCCUCCAUACAAGAGGAUGAAGAAAGUGAAACAUCUAUAUCAGAUGAUGAUACAGAGAGUGUUGACACAGAUUUAUUAGACAAUAUGUAUUAUGAGGAAGAAAACUGGGGAGAUUAUCUACAACUUGGACCUCUGGAGUUGAAGUUACUGAAUGUAACAGGGCAACAGAUGCCUAUACAUAUACCUCGACAAUUAGAUGAUGAAGAAUUAAAAGUUAAAGACUGUAACCCAGAUGACUGGCCUGUAACACAACCGAUGUUGAAAGACCUAGUCUCACCUCUACAUGGUGUUACAACCUGAUCUUUGUUACAAUAUAGUACUCACUAUAAUGUUCAUGCUACAUUUCAUGUACUUUAAAAAAAUGAGAUAAAAUAUAAGUUGAUGCUCGUUACUCCAAAAAUUGAGAUAAAAUAUUAGUUGAUGCUAUAACUAAGAUAUGACAUAAGUUGAUGCUUACUAAUAAAAUAUAUGUUGAUGCUACAUUACUUAAAAUUGAGAUAAAAUAUUAGUUGAUGCUACAUUUAAUACUAAAAAAGAAUGAGAUAAAAUAUUAGUUGAUUCUACGUUAUUCAAAAAAAAAACUGAGAUGAAAAUUAAUAUUAGUUGAUGCUACAUUACUGAUGAAAUAUUAGUUGAUGCUACAUUACUGAUGAAAUAUUAGUUGAUGCUACAUUACUGAUGAAAUAUUAGUUGAUGCUACAUUACUGAUGAAAUAUUAGUUGAUGCUACAUUACUGAUGAAAUAUUAGUUGAUGCUACAUUACUGAUGAAAUAUUAGUUGAUGCUACAUUACUGAUGAAAUAUUAGUUGAUGCUACAUUACUGAUGAAAUAUUAGUUGAUGCUACAUGACCCCAAAUAAUGAGAUGAAAUAUUAGUUGAAGCUUUUUUAAUCUAAAACUGAGAUUCAGCUGUUAUAAACUAUUUUGUUCUAUAUUUUAUCUAUAGUUGCCAUUUUUAAUGCCAUCUGUAUGAACCUAUUCUAUGUCUGAUAAUCCAGAAAUAUCAGCAAUUUCUUAUACUAUAUGUAUAAAUGUGAAAGUUAUUCUGUGUACAAUGAAUACUGGUUAUAGUGUGCCUCUAUUCCUUUUUUAUUUAAUUUGUGGGAAGUGAUAGAAAGAAAAAGAUAUUUAGAAGUUAAAUGUAAUAAGAAAAAUAAAAACAUUCCUGCCCUUUCAUUUCAUUCCAAAUAACACAAAUACCAGUAAAUAUACCUUUUCUUUCAACGCAUAAAUUUCUCUGUAACUUCAUAUUUUGUUUUAGUUUUUAUUUUGUUGUUUUCUAAUUGUUGUGUUUUCUGUUAUUACAUAUUUUGUUUAAAUUUAUCACAUUAAUAAGAACAAUUUUCAAAACAUUUGAAUGAAUACAUGUAUUGUAAAUCGGCUGGUUCAGAAUCCAUGAUUUAAUAAUUGGUGGGUAACGACAGAAACAGAAUUUUCUUAUGUGAAAUGAUUGCAUAAAUUGGUAAUAUGUUAAUUGUUUUCUGUUUACAAAAUUGCAUUUAUGAUUAUAACGGAAUAUAUGUUGUAUCAAGUAUUUAUUUUGCAUGUUGAUGUUGUAAUAUAAAAUUAAUAGAAAAAAAUGUCUUAAAUCAAGAAGUUUUUACUAUUCUUUUUUUGCAUAAAAAAAUUAAAGCAAUGUUUUUUACAGCAGGUUGUAUUGUUGUAUUUUCAAAGACCUUAAUUAUUGCACAGAUUUUAUUGUACAUGUAUUUAUGACUGACAGUACUAGAUGUAUGACAAGUACCGUACUAUACAAAAUAUGAAAUGUUGUGUCCUAGAAUAGUUCUUGCACAGAUAACCACUUAUAUAUGUAUUUAUUUUGAUAUAACUUGACUUGAAAUAAUGUUUGUUGAUACAAUGUAAUGAAUUAAAUGAUUGUUGAAUGAA